ACGCAAGCUGCUUUAACGUAGGUUUCAAUACUAGCCUACGCACUGUUUCCGCUUGACCAGACCGUUGGAGAACGCUGUCGAGGGAGUGUCGCUCAGUCUUCAGUCGGUAGGUGGCUUGCAAUAAGUAAACAUCAGAACUCAACCACAACGAAACUGACAUCUACCUCACUUGUGCAUAAUGGGCGAAUGUUGCACUGCAUGUGGAUCUGGAAUUGCUAAGAUCAUAUUAUUCGUGCUCAAUUUAAUUGUAUGGAUUGCAGGAUGUACAUUACUUGGGCUUGGUGCGUAUAUGUACAUCAAGUCCGACGACUUCUCCUACAUACUGGAUUCUGACACAAUUUAUAACGUUGCCAUUUUACUGAUGGCUACAGGUGGAUUCUUGUUCUUGGUUGGGUUGAGCGGCUGCUACGGAGCAUGCGCAGAAAACGUUUGCUGUCUUAUGUUGUACUUUGGAUUGAUGUUUAUUGUACUGAUAAUGCAGUUAGUAGGUGCUGUCCUGGCGUUUAUAUAUCAAGAUGACCUGAAGGCAGAGUUACAGGACACAAUGUCGACAACAAUUAAAGAGAAAUAUGGCAACACAAAAGAAGCAACAGACGCUAUAGACUAUGUUCAAGAAAAUUUUAAAUGUUGUGGAGCCGAAUCGUUCACAGAAUGGUUGUUGGAUUUUGAAUCAAUACCUACUUCCUGCUGUAAAGUCGAAAAUUGCCUUCCAAUACCUGGAACGGUGUAUGAGAAGGGCUGCGUUGAAGCUGUUGACGAUUGGGGGAAGAAGAAUUUAUUGAUUCUUGGCGGUUUAUCACUUGGUCUGCUUGUCUUUGAGCUUAUUCCAAUGUGUCUUGCAUGCUGUCUGCGGAAGAUGAUCAAAGAUGAAUAAUUGAAUGCAGUUUGAUGAACGACUUUUUGUUUAUGUUCUAAUUAAAGCACCUCGUUCAUAAGUCAUCCUUCAAAUUUUGAAAUCCUGUGAGUGGGAGCUGGUCUGGAUACUAAAUCACGGUCGCUUGCUUGUGGAGCGACAACUGUACGGAGCUUUCGAUUCGAUUUGCGCAACGAUGUGAACAUAGAACGGAUUCACUCAUUCGUCAACCUUCUGCGUUCUCUGCACAACGUGGAUUCUGACCAAUCAACAUCCUAGAAUCAACGUCGUCACAUGUGCAAAUGACUGCUACACUAAUCAAAAGCUCCAUACUGUUCACAUCUGUAAACAAAAAAUUGCAUUUAAUAUGAGUUUUAGAGGCCACUCAUUGUAAUAUUAUUUAGCACAUUUACACAUUGUUCUUAAUACUUUUAAAAAUCUAUUUAUAAAGAAUGGUGGGGGUGGGGGGCGUUUGGUGCAGCGGUUGCGGGUAGGUGUGCAUUUUGCUUGUGUGCUUUGACAAGGCACUUUGCCUACUUUGCCUCUCUUCACCCAGGAGUAUAAUUGGGUACCUUGUGGAAAUAUACUACUUUUACCUUAUUCAUAAAGAUUUGUUGGUGAAACUAUUGUUAGAAAAAAUAUAUUGUAAAGAUAUUUUUUAUCAAGAAGUUAGAUAUUGGAAUACUUUAAUAGACAAUGAAGGAUUGACAUGGAAACGAAGUGCAAAAAUAUGUUCGAAUUACCCAUUACGUAUUUAUAUUCAGAAUUAUACCUCUACACAUUCAUCCUGCUUCUGUAAAAAUGAAAAAAAAAUAUCCAAAAGGCCCACAGUUGCACGGUAAAUAAUUAGAACGAAAUUUUGUAAAAACACACUUUUAUUUAUUGAGGCUGAAACUAGUGUCAAAAGUUCUAUUUAUGAAAGUUUUAAUACAUAGGUAUAUUUUCUGCUGUUGUUUGUAACUAUAGGAAUGUAUAACUAUAAAGAACUCUGCGUAAAUUUGAGAGGAGGGAUGGAGUAACUCUAAUUUUUGGCGAUACUGUAAUAUUUAAAUGUGUUUUAAUGCAUGAUACCUUAUCCAGAGGCUGAAAAUUGUAUUUUUAUUGUUUAAUAAGCCAAUUCGUAGUUUGAACUGCGCAUGCCCGUAUCAAUAUACACACAACAUAGGUUUAUGUCAGUUGACCUUUGAUACAGGCAUGCGCAGUUCAAACCACACAUUGGCUUAUUUAAUAUUGGAAUUGCUUAUUUGGUAAAUUAAAGUAUAGUUAUUAGCUUUAAUAGAAAGUAAGACGCCAAUAAUGAUAAUAAACUCAUAAAACACUCCUAUUCUGUGCACUUUAAAUAAUGGACCCCACCACUAGCUAAGGUCCUACAAAUCGACAGCAUUAAGCGUACAUAAACACGUGUAUUCUCGGCCAUUUUCUGAUUGGUCAGAUGUUCAAUUCGAUUGGCCCGCUGGGGAAAGGUCUGUUGAAUGAUAGCCAUAAUAGGAAACUGAAUAAUUAAUUUUGUUUCGAUCAUUGAAACUGAUAAUUUACUGGAUGUUUUUUUAAGCAAUUCAAUACUGAAACUGAAUUUUAGGGUGUUGUUUUUAGGUUUUAUCACAAAUAAUAUAUCAUAACAGAGUAAA